AUGGACCUGGCAUCUUCAGCCAGCAGCAGAGGCCCCGGCAGUCGUCUGUCGGCUGAGGCCUUGCUCCUUGAAGCAGGCCGGGCGUCAGGGCUUAAGCUGCCCCGGGAUGACCUGAGGCGUGCCCUCGCCGACACGGAGCACGGGCCUGCGCUGGCGGAGUGGGCCGUCACGCACCUUGGCUCCGACACUCUCUUGAGUGCCGAUGAACUUGCUCUGUAUACGGCACUCGACAGGAGCGGCCAAGUUGAUAGGCUGGCUUCCAUGUACGACCUGGCCGAAGUGCAGGCCAUCAACGAGGCAGAGCUGCGAGCAGCCAUCGACGAGUUGCAAAGGUCGACGAGCACCAUCAGCAAGCAGACUCAGACAUUACGCCAGCAGCAGGAUGCACUCUCGCGGCUUCUCAAGAAGCAGGCUGAAAGCGACGUCAAGAGACGCGACUUGGCACAUGGCAGGCGGCGCAAAGCUGAGGUCGAACGCAGGCAGAUUGCACAUGAGGUAGAGCAGCUAUCUCAGACCCUUGCGUACAGGGUCGCAGAUCUGGAGCAGCAGGCCACGGAUGCGGAACCGGAGCUUCAGGCUGCUGUGGACGGCGCCUUUAAAUCUGACGACAAACUGCUCUCUAGCCUGCAGAAACUUGGCUGGGAGCUGGAUCGGCCAGACCCCGAAGAGGCACAAGCUGUCGACGAUAUGCGGGAGGGCUGCAUGCGGCUAAUCAAGGCCACUGUUGAGACGGUCCGCACAAAGCUGGAUGCGGUCUAUUUGGAUACACUCGCCAACGCUGAGCGCUCGGGAAAGACAAAGCCGGCAAGUUCUGAGGAAGUGAAGGGCCUGCAAGAGGAAGUUGAAUCACUCUACUCCGAAAUCCUGCCAGUUGCACAAAUGUCUGUUGAGCAACAGCAUCUCGAGCCCGCCUUGGCAUCCAUCACUGCGCAAAGCGGCCAGAGUCUCAGGCGCACUGCCGCUGCCGUUGCCUACAUGGAUGCGUGCUUGGAGUACCUACUGGACAGGAUCGACCGUCUUCACUCUCGCGUCACUGCUCGCAAAUCACAUCAGGCUGCUACGGCAGCAGUUGGCUCGACCGUCCAUGCCGAAAUCGCAACGCAGAUUUCCGCAACAUCAUCGCAAGAGGCAGCGCGGGUGCCCGCCUCUCCUGUCCGCCAGCCGUCACCAGUCCGUAUCCGCCACGACGCCGCCGGCUCCCACGGCCGGCGACGGUCGCUGACUCCUAUGGACGAAACUCCGCUCGAGGCGCUCUGUACGAAACUCGCCAUUUCGUUGGACGAGGACGAUGAAGCCAAAGAACGGACUGCGUCGCUGGCCAAAAUCCUCGCCGACCGUGCGCAGAAGAGCACAGAAGUUGCACGUGGUGCCCAGGACAGCUUUGAAGCUACAACCAUGUCCCAGCUCCGCGAUGCUCGCCUGGCAGUGCAGCUGCUCAAGGACAGCAUCCUGGCGGAGAGCCCAUUCGGACAAGUCACACUUGUCGAUCCAGAGAUUGAUGGGUCCAUCGCCAUUCUGCAGCAAGAGGUUUCCAAGGCUCAGGAAAGAUUGCGUGAGGCUGAGGGACAAGGGCUAGCUUCUCGAAGCAUGAAGCGGGACGAGCUGAUCCAGAGAUGGGGCUCAUGA